AUGGACGACGAACGUAUCAUAUCUAUGUUAGAGGAUGUACCAGACCAUUCUACUGAAGAAUCAAAUUCUGAAUUAGAGAACGAUCACUGCAGUGAUCAUAUUAUUAGCUCUGGUACGGAACAGGGAGCUAGUAGCGUGGAAAGUAGUUCUGGGCAUGAGAACGAAGACGAGUCUGAUCACGAUGUUCCCCUGUCGUUUGCGGAGUAA